AUGGGUGUGGCUCCCAAACUCAUUGUAACCGACCAAGACUUAGGAAUGAAAGUUGCUGUUGAGGAGGUCCUUGUCAAUACAAGACACCGGUGGUGUAUGUGGCACGUUAUGAAUAAAGUUGCUGACAAAUUGCCAAAGAACAUGCUUGGUAGUGAACAAUUAAAGAAGGAACUGAAUGCAUGUGUAUGGUCAGAGUUGAUAGAACCUGAUGCAUUUGAGGAAACUUGGCAUGCUAUAAUGGAAAGAUAUGGGCUGACCAAUAAUGUCUGGUUUUCAUCAAUGUUUGCAUCCAGAAAAUUUUGGGUUCCAGCCUUUUUCCGUGAUUUUUCGAUGAGUUCGUUGAUAAAGACAACUUCUAUAUCUGAAUCACAGAAUAACUUCUUCAAAAGGUACUCAAAGUCUCGGGCUAACCUUAUGCAAUUUUAUAUGAACUAUAAUCAUGCUCUGGAGACUCAAAGAAGUAAUAGUGCAAAGCUUGAAUACUAUGAUUCAACAAAAGUACCUAUUUUGCGAACAGGAUUGGAAAUCGAGAAACAUGCAUCGACGAUAUAUAGUGGUAGUGCUUAUACUGAAAUUCAAGAAGAGAUAGUAUAUGCAUGUUUCUCUUUGUCUUGUGCAACUCUAGGAGUGUCUACCAAUACAGAUAUUGAAGUAUAUGACAUAAAGGACAAGGAUUCAAACUCAUGGACAGUGACUUACUCCAUUGGUGAUGACACCUAUUUGUGUGGAUGCAAAAAAUUUGAAAGACUUGGUCUAUUGUGCAGCCAUAUAUUUUGUGUGUUGAAACAUAAUUUUGUUAAGUUGAUACCUGAGAAGUUGCAUGGAGGAAGAUGGUUGAAGUCACAGUUUGUGAAGCCAAUACAUGGAGGUUUUUGUGAUGAUCAAGAAAUACACCUUGCUGUGGACAAGAAGAAGAUUGCAUUUAAAAACUUGUACGGAUUAUUCAUUGAAACAGCACAAAGCAUUGAAGGGAACAUUGAUCAAAUCAAUGCAUUCGCUGCAAUUAUUGAAGAAGGUAGGAAGCAGCUUCUUGGCGAAAAUGUUGUUCUGUCUUCCACACAGAAGAGAGCAAUGAUUGAGAACUUCUAUGGCUCACAUGUCCCGAACAAUAUUGAAGUUCAUCCUCCUGAGGUUGUUAGUACAAAGGGAAGUGGAAGUAGGAAGAAAUCGAAGAGGGAGUAA